GUUCAUAGUGACUUUGGCCUGCAAUUACUUCAUUGGUCUGGAGGACCCUGAGCGUGCAGACAAGCUGGUGGCAAAGUUGGACGACUUGGCUAUGGGUAUUCAUUCCAUGGAUUUGAACUUUUCGGGGACUAUAUUCUGCCGAGCAAGCAAAGCAGCAGCUAAACUGCGGAAGGCACUCGAAAUGAUAAUCGAGGAGAAGAGGGUGAAAAUGUCUAUGGGGUUAUGAUGGAAGACUUUCUUUCACAGUUGUUGAUUGCCAGUGGAAACCAGAGUGGCCCAAAAUAUAGGCCGCCGGAGAAGAUUGUGGACACGAUGAUGGGCUUGCUGACUACUAGUUAUUGUGCUGCUGCCAGUGUUAUCACUUUCAUGGUUAAAUAUAUUGGUGGAAGACCGGACAUCUACCAAAAGAUACUUUCUGGUUAAUUAGAAUUUAGAAUAUUAUUCCUUUUUGUGCUAUCUAACUUUUCAAAAUAUUAUUAUUACCCAUUUUGUAUAUGUUUUAAUUUUGAUGCAGAACAAUAUGAGAUCAUGUCAACAAGGGAAGAUGGUGAUUCUUCACUUGGUUGGGAGCAUAUAUAUAAAAUGAAGUAUACGUGGGCUGUCACAUGUGAAACUAUGAGACAUGUAGCACCUUUACAGGGUACUUUUAGGGAGGCCAUCGCAGAUUUCUCCUUCGCUGGUUUCACAAUUCCCAAGGGUUGCAAGAUUUAUUGGGCAUUUAAUAUGACAAACAAGAAUCCAGACUAUUUUCCUGAUCCAGAAAGAUUUGAUCCUUCAAGGUUUGAAGGAGAAAAUGGGGGAUCACAUCCACCCUACUCUUUCAUUCCCUUCGGUGGAGGACCAAGAAUGUGCACUGGUAGAGACUACGCUCGCCUUGUAAUCCUCGCUUUCAUUCACAACUUCGUCAACAAGUGGUAAGUUCUAGUCCCCACUGAGAAAACUUCAGGUAGCGUGAUGACGCCAUCCCCAGCACAAGGUCUUCCAGUUCGACUCCACCCACUUUAAUAAUUAAAUAACAAUUAAUAAUAUGGAAAUUAUUGGGAUGUUAAUCUGUUUAUGUUUUAAAGUUUAAAACCAAUUUGUGUGCGUUUUGUGUGUGUGUGUUUUGUUAUUUUUCUUAUACA